AUGUUGUUUGGGCCACGACAUCCGUGGCGGGUGUUUCUCGCCAAGGUGCUAUCAUCUUGGUGGGUUGAGCCGCUUAUUUUGGUGUUUAUUUUCAUCAAUCUGGUGGUGCUUAUUGUGUCGUCGAGCCGCGAUGUAAAGCUGGCACCACGCACCGAGAAUAGCUUUGUUAAGAGUGAAGAGAUUCUCUUGCUGCUCGUGUUUGUUGCGUACACGAUUGAAAUGGCGGCCCGGAUCAUUGUGUCGGGGCUUAUCAUCGACCCACCGCCGCUGGACGAGGCGGCGGCUCAGGAGGCCUAUCCCACCGCCGACCAAGAAUAUUCGAAUACGUACGAUACCCUAUACCAUUUGUAUACAUCGACGCUGGAGGCCGUGUAUCGCUUCCUGCAUCCGUACAGCAAGGUGCAACAGGAGCGUGCGGAAGCCAAGCUUGCGUCUCUGCAUCCAACCGAUGGCAUGGCGCCCCUCGAUGACCUGUUUAUAUCAAAGAGCGAGGACAAGCAUGAGCUGCAUGAAGAGCAUGCGCAUUGGUGGGAUGCGCUAUAUUACAACGUCGUGUCGAUCUGCUUGCAUCUCUCACGCACGAUCACAAACGACCCGAAACAGCUGUGUGAACACGCGUACUUACGGCAAAGCUGGAAUCGCGUGGAUGCCCUGGCGAUUGUAUGCUACUGGGUGGCGGUCGUGCUGGAACUGACCGGUGUCGAGCUCACGAGCAGUCACCACAUUUUUGUGUUUCGCGCACUAAGUGUGCUGCGCUGCGCGCGCCUGCUGGGCUUGUGGGAGGGCACAGAGACGAUUCUGCGCUCGCUCAAGCGGGUAGCGCCGCUCCUGUUCCGCGUGCUGUCGUUUCUCGUGUUUGCGAUGGUGCUGUUUGCGGUGAUUGGCGUGCAGAGUUUUGAGGGCUCGUACCGUCGGCGGUGUGUGUGGAUUGGCGACUACAACCGGAGUCCGGGGCAGAACUACACGCUGGAGCAGAUAUGCGGCGGCAGUGUCGAUAUCCGGAAUCGGUCCAAUACGAUCGGCCAUGUCCAGUAUAAUGGGGACCUGGACUCGGCCCGGUCGCCGAAAGGCUUCAUCUGUCCAUACGGGCAACUGUGCGUGGAGCAGGAAAGCAACCCGUACAACAAUGUUCAGAGCUUUGACGAUGUGUUUCACUCGCUGCUGGAGGUCGUUGUGAUUGUGUCACUGAACGGCUGGUCCGACGUGAUGUAUGAUAUGGUGGAUGCUGACUACUACACGGCGAUCAUAUUCUUUAUCAUCGGGAUCAUUUUGCUGAACUUUUGGCUCGCCAACUUGUUUGUCGCCGUCAUUUCGCAUUCAUUUGCAUCGCUCAGCGCGCAGACGGAGCGCAGUGCCUUUGCUGCGCAGGGCUUCCGGAAGAAUCAGGCCGAUGCUCCCGAGCCGCAGGGUCCUCGACGUCGUCGGCACCGGUUCGUCGUGUGGUACAAGCGCGUGCGCCGAUAUACCCAGUACUUUUGGCUCUCGCUCAUCAUCGUCAGUGUUGCGGUCCAAGGCAGCAAGGCAUCGUACGAGUUUCCAGAGCAGAAAAAAUGGCGCGAAGAUGUCGAGCGGUACCUGGUGAUCCCGUUCGACCUCGAGAUCAUCGUGCGCUUUGUCGUCGACUGCAUCAUCGGUGGGCCGAGUCUGUUUUUCCAGCAAAAGCGCAACGUGCUCGAUCUGUUUCUCGCCCUCAUCACGACGAUCAUACAGAUCCCCGCCAUCAGCUACUCGUCAUGGUAUCCGUGGCUGACGUUCUUCCAGCUGCUGCGUUUCUACCGCGUCAUUGCUGCGAUCCCGCGCAUGAAGGGACUGCUGAUGCGGGUGGUCGGCUCCAUGUCGGCGCUGUUCAAUAUGAUUGCGUUCCUGAUCAUGACCAUAUUUCUGGCUGCACUUGUGAGUAUCCAGCUGUUCCGCGGCGACAUUGAGCUCGACGCCGAAGAUGGCGUGACCGAAAACUUCACGUGGAAGCAGCUGUUCAACGGCUUCCUGGGCGUGUAUCAGAUCUUCUCGUCCGAGGACUGGAAGGAGUCUAUGCUCAAUGUCGUCAGCGAUACGAAAAAGUGGAAGCAGGGCGUCAUCGCGGCGAUCUUUAUUGUGGGAUGGUUCUUUUUUGCGAACCUGAUCUUGCUCCAGUUGUUCAUUGCCGUCAUCAACGAAAAUUUCCGCGUCGCCGAGGGCGAUAAGUACAAGCAGCAGAUGGAGAACUAUCUGCGGCGCUCUGAGCCUGCGCAGGCUUCGCUGCUUGCGCGGAUCAUGCAGCGGCUCAGUCCGUUUCGUGCGCCGCCCGAGCCAAACAGCAUGCCCCACCGCCUCGAGGGCCCUGCGCUGGGCGACGCCCGGCAGCAUGCCGACACGAGCCAGGCGCGUCACGUAGACGACCGGCCGCUGCGCAGCAUGUUCAUGCAACUCGUGACGCCCGAUCAUGCUGGUCUUGCCUUCGGCACGCUCCAGCGUGUGCUGCGCCUGGACAAGCCACACGAACAUGCGCGCUUGCAGGCGCUGCGGUCGCAGGCCGAAGGGGGGCAGGCGUCCCAGACGAUGGACGAGCUUGAGGACAUGAUCAAUGAGCGCCAGGACGUGCGCAUGCUCGGACCGGAGCAUGUGCGCACGAUGCGCACGGACCUGGGUCUCGUGAACCAGGAGGAGGGCCAGGAGUUUUUGAACAACUACGUGCGGCGCAACGAAAACGACCCACGCAUCCGUAUCGCGCGCCUCAUGGCCGAGCACCCAUCGUACGACCGCUCCUGGUUCGUCUUCUCGAACCGGAACCCUGUGCGCCGCUUCUGCCAGAGCCUGACGCCCACAUCCCACGGUGAGCGUGUGUUUGGACGGCCCGUGUCCAAGUUCCGCAACCACAUCUUCCAGGCCAUUGUGUUCGGUGCGAUUGCCGGCUCCGUGAUCCUGGCGGGCAUCGUGACGCCCGCGUACCGGAAAAAGUACCUGGCUGAGCAUCGCGCUGUGUUCUACGCUUGGUAUGCCGUCAUUGAAGUGAGCCUGUCGCUGAUUUUUGUCCUGGAGUUCUUCGUCAAAACCAUCGCGGACGGCUUCAUGUUCACGCCCAAUGCGUACCUACAGAACGUGUGGAACCUGCUCGACAUGUUCGUGCUGAUAUCUCUGCUGAUCAACGUCAUUAGUGAGUUGAUUGUCCCCGGCGGUGUCUCGCACUUCACACGUGCACUCAAGGCGUUCCGCGCGUUGCGUCUCAUCAACCUGAGCUCGCUCAUGCGCGACACGUUCCAUGCCGUCAUGAUUGCGGGCGCCGGCUACAUCCUCGAUGCAUCGAUUCUCGCUCUUCUUUACAUUAUUCCAUACGCCGUGUGGGGCCAGAACCUGUUUGCCGGGCUCCUGUACUCGUGCACGGACUCGAGCGACAACAUCGUCAGCAAGCUCGACUGCCACGGCGAGUACAUGUCGCAGCCCCUCGCGUGGUCGUAUCUAGCGCCGCGUGCAUGGUCGAAUCCUUCUGAAGGCAGCAUGUACUCGUUCGACGACUUCAAGAGUGCACUGCUGAUCCUGUUCGAGGUCGUGUCGCUCGAGGGCUGGGUCGAUGUGAUGCGCCAGGCCAUGAGCAUCAUUGGCCGCGAUCUCCAACCCCGGCCUGAUGCAUCGCAGUACAAUGCCAUCUUUUUCCUCGUGUACAACCUGGUCGGCGCCGUAAGUGUGCUUGCGCUGUUUGUCUCGGUGAUCAUCGAAAACUUCCAGCGCUACUCGGGCGCCGCCUACCUCACGACCGAGCAGCGCCAGUGGCUCGAUAUGAAGCGGCAGCUCCAGCGCCAGGCCGCCUCCCGGCGCCCGGCGAACCCGCCUUCGAAUGCAUUCGUCCGCUGGUGCUACCAGGCAUCUACACACAAACGCGGCUGGUGGUCGCGUGCCAUGUCCGUGCUGUACCUCGUCGUGUUGGUCCUCCUUAUGUCGCAAUCAUUCUCAGACACGUGGCCCACAGAGCAGGCACGCUCCAUCGUGUACAGCGUGCUUGGCUUUGUGUUCGCGUGCGACUUGUUGAUUCGGCUCAUUGGCCUCGGUGUCUCGAGCUUCCGUCGCAGCUACUGGAACUGCGACUCACUCGACCUCCUUUUCAAGACGGCCGUCGGCUCCGUGCCUGCGAUUAUCGCGCUCUUUCUUCUGUGGCUCACCAUGUUCCUCGUGUGGGGCAUCAUGCUUGUCGAGGUGUUUGGACUGACCAGAUGGGGCCCGAACGAGUCGCAUGCCAAGAACUUCAGCUCCCUUUGGCAGACACUCAUCUUUCUUUCCAUGACUUCUACCGGCGAGGGCUGGAACCAGUACAUGCAUGACUAUGCUGUCCAGCCGCCACUCUGCACGCCAUCCAAGAACUACCUUUACUCGGACUGUGGCAGCACAGCAUGGGCCUAUUUUCUCUUCAUAUCGUGGAACAUCAUCUCCAUGUUCAUUUUCCUCAACAUGUUUACCGGUACCGUCGUAGAGAACUUUUCCUACGUGUACCAUCUGCAGGGCAGCAGUGCGCUCUCGCGUGAGCAAAUGCGAAUCUACAAGGAUGUAUGGAACCAGUUUGACCCCCAAGGCCUAGGCUACAUUUCUCAGCAGCAGAUCAUCCCGUUCCUUGCUCGUCUCACCGGCAUGUUCGAGGUCAGUCUGUACCCGCCCGAGCUGCGCAUCCACGCCUUGCUGGACCGGUCGCGCGUCAAUUCGCCCAGAUACGGCCACUCGCUCUCAUCGCCGUCCUCCUCCUCCAAGAUCUGGGGCCGUCGCUCACCUCGAUCGCCACGCUCACCGCGCUCACCUCGAUCGCUGCGUUCUCGAUCACCUCUGUCGACGCGCUCCCAGCCUUCGCAAUCUUGGCACUCUCCGCACCGUGCGCCGCCGUCGCCGCGCUCUCCUGGCUCCCUCCCUUCCCAUUUGUCUGACAGGCUGAACGCGCUGCAGAGAAAUGCCUCGUCCACCUCCCUCAGCGAUCACUCGCCGUUCGAUGACGACCUGGUGCCGUCUGUUGCGCCACGCAUCGAGAGUGGAAUCGACUUGAACGAGCUUAGCGAUGCAUUGAAUUCCGUCAACAUCCAGGACCUGCGUAUGCGCCGCCAGCGCCUGAAUCGCAUGUACUACGAAGCCAAGAUGUCCGACAAGGGCAAAGGUGUCUCGUUUUCAUCGAUGCUCUUCAUCCUUGCAUACCAUAAGAUGUGCGGCGCGCCCGUCAACAUGGAGGUGUCCGAGUUCAUUGAGCGGCGCGAAAUGAUGAGCAAAAUCGACGCUAGAAUCAAUCUCGAGCGUGUUCGUGGUCUCCUGCGUGGCGUUUACCUGCGGCGCCGUUUCCUUGCCGAGCGUGCGGAACGUGAGCGUCAGAGUGUGAUGCAUCUCGUCUCAAGCAACAAGGAGGGCGGCUUCCCAUCCAUCACCGUCGAGCGCCCCAUGUCGGAGGCGCAGCACGAGUCCUCCGAUGCUGGUAUGGCCCUGCACCUGCACAACGACCAGGAUCCUUUCGGUACACACGCUGGCGCUCUGUCCAUCCUGAUCCCUCAGUCCAUGUCUGGGUAUACGAGCAGCGACGAUGUCGAGUCUGCGAAUGCCAGUGAUGUCCAACUCUCGCCCGGAUCAGGAUCUGGUCCUCGGCGUCGUCUAUCGUUCCAGAACCAGGACGAAAACCCUUUUGUCGAGCAACAUUCUCGUGGAACCCAUGCUUCCUCUCGUCUCCAACCCCCUUUUGAAAUGGACACAUGGACUCAAGUUUUGCACCGUCUCUCGAGUGACACUCUCGACUCGGACGGUCGCAGCUCGUAA